CUCAGUCGCGCGUGAUCCACCUCGAAUCGCGCAGUCAUCAUCCGCACAAAAGAAGCCACUUGGUCGCGCCUUCGCAGCAACCGGGCUCCGUCCGAUGGGGCGUCCACCUAGGUAUCGAUCCGUGCCUCGAGUACCGAUCGAUCGUCGAUCCUGCUGAUCGAGGAAACCCUCUCGUUUCAAUUUCUGCUUUGCCUUUCUGAUAUUUCCUCGUUGUUCUCUUCUUCGGUUAAUAAGAAGAAACUGCCGCGGAGGAGAGUACCUUGCGUCGCAAGAUUAGAAUUCUGUCAAACAAAGAAAAGAAAUUAGAUAAAUUCUGUUAGCCGAGAGCAUACUCGUUGGAAAGUGUAUUAUUUAGAAGUAAAUAGAGGAGAGAGAGAGAGAGAGAGAGAGAGAGAGAGAGAGAGAGAUUACUUGGAACAAGAGCUGGAGAAGUCUCAGGUAUUUCAGGAGUGUUCCUCGAUCACACUGACCAAGAAGAGAGACAGUCAGCCCCCGAGAGAUUGUCGAUCGAGGAGCAACACACAACAUCCGAGUGCGUAUCGUGAUUCAGUGAAAGGGGGUUGCGACUUUUCUUUUUCGCCGAUCUCACAAUCAGUGAAGUUCAAGUUGUGAAACGUUGAGAGAGGACCGCGAGCGAUCGUCAUGGCGACUACGCAGGUCUUCCAGGACUGGGACUCACCCCAUGAGACCAUCAGCUCAAUGUCCCGGAAGAGUACCACUCGUAAAACUACCACCACCACCACCACCACCAAGAGCAGGCGUGAGACUUCUUCAUCAACCAAAACAACCACUAUGACAACUGCAGCAAAGCUGUAUGGCAAGGACUUGAGUGAAUAUGAUGAUGUGGAUGUGGACGACCUAUUGGCACAACUGACCCCAGAAGAAAUCAACAUAUUAGCAAAGGAAGUGGAUCCUGAUGAUAGCUUUAUGCCACCAUCGGAACGUUGUAGCUAUGAAUGUGACAAGAGUCCUACAGGACCGCUAAAUCGUAAGAAACUUAUUGAACACAUUAACAAACAAGCUUUAGAAACACCAGAUAGGCCAGAAUUGAAGCCUUAUGUACCUGGUGUAAUAAGAGGCAAAAAGUGGGUUCCACCUCCUCAAGAAAGUGCAAAAGAAAAAGCAGUAGAUGAGCAAAUUGCCAUUGAUCUUGGAGAAGAAUAUGAGCAAGCAUUGUCUAAUGCUACUCAGGAAGAAAUUAUUGAUCUUGCUGCUAUUCUUGGAUUUCAUUCCAUGAUGAACCAAGAUCAGUAUCAUGCUUCUCUAUUAAAUUCUGGUCAACCUGUUGGAUUGGGUUGGGAUGGUGUAACAAAAGCUAGUCAACCAAAACCUUAUCCAAUGGAGCCACCUAAUGACACAGAUGUUGACGCUACUAUAAAACAAGUACGAGAAGACGAUGCUUCGCUAAUUGAUCUAAAUUGGAAUAACAUUAAAAAUAUAUCUGACGAGAAGUUUAUUCAAUUAUUUGAAGGAUUGGAAAUAAAUACACAUCUCGAAUCCUUGAGUUUGACAAAUGUGGGACUCACUGAUAAGACUGCACAAAGGUUGGCAGAUGCCUUAGAGAAAAAUUCUACUCUCAGGGUACUCAAUGUGGAAACAAACUUUAUAAGUCCAGCUGUGAUAGUGAGGCUCAUCAGGGCACUCCUUAAAACGAAGUCAAUAGAAGAAUUUCGAUGUUCGAAUCAGAGAUCACAGGUAUUGGGAAAUAAAAUUGAAAUGGAAAUUACACAAUUGGUCGAACAGAAUCCGACAUUGCUCCGACUUGGUCUUCAUUUGGAAUUUAAUGACGCUAGACAUCGCGUGGCUGCACAUUUACAACGCAACAUUGAUAGGAUCUGUCGAGUGCAACGCGCUAAGCUAGAGGCCGGUGAACUUCCGAAAAGUUUCGUUGUCCCAGUAGGUGUACCAAACGGAACGUAGCGCUGAUUUCUACAGCGCAUCCACGUACAACUUUUGUGAUGACGUUGAAUGUAAAUGAAUGACCAGAUUAAACGAUAUUCCAUACUCGAAAAU